UUCCUCAGAUCCCGGACAUGAUGCUGCCUCCUACAGCCCUCCGCAGCAUGUCCUGGAUGCUGCUUUCCUGCCUCAUGUUCCUGGCUCAGGUCCAAGGUGAAGACUCCCAGAAUGAUGUGCCCGCUCCACGGAUCAGCUGUCCCAAAGGCUCCAAGGUUUAUGCCUCCCACUGCUAUGCCUUCUUUAUGACACCAAAAUCCUGGGUGGAUGCUGAUAUGGCCUGCCAGAAGAGGCCCUCAGGACACCUUGUGUCUGUGCUCAGUGGGGCUGAGGCAUCCUUUGUGGCCUCCCUGAUCAAGAACAGUGCGAACACCUACUCAAAUAUCUGGAUUGGGCUCCAUGACCCCACAGAGGGCUAUGAGCCCAAUGCAGCUGGAUGGGAGUGGAGUAGCGGUGAUCUGCUGAAUUACCUUGCCUGGGAGAGAGACCCCUCCACUAUUGCAAACCCUGGCUAUUGUGGGAGUGUGUCAAGUAACACAGGAUAUCUGAGAUGGAAAGAUUACAGCUGCACUACAAGGCUACCCUACAUCUGCAAGUUCAAGGGCUAGGUCUGAAGAGAUGUUGGGAGCCAGAGUUUUGCAUGCAGCUCAUCAUGGACUUGGGACCAAGUGUAAAUUCUACCCCCAAAGAAAAUAUUCUCCUAUACCUCUAAACUUGACCACCUCAUGAUGACCUUCCCUACUUCUCAGCCCCAUUUCAAACCCCUCUGUGUUUUCCAUAAUUUAACUUCCAAAUGUCAAAAUUAAAAAAUAAAGAGAUUUAGUCUGUAA